AUGUCAUUCUUAAGAAAAUCAUUGGAACUCUUUUCUGGAUCAUCAAGCAACAAUACUAGCUCUGACGAUAUCAGCAAAAUCAAGGUUAAUACACUUAAUAGUUCAACCGAAAGUCUUGGAAGUCCCAGAUCUGUCAGCGUCACAAGCCCCAGAUCUUCUUCCACCAACCCAAUGGAAAUCCCAGCUUCUCGUGACAAUAGUUGGUUUAGAAUGGUUCAAGUAGUUGAAGCUGGCUCUUUGAUCAACUGCAUACUUGUAAAUCAACAGCCACCAACAAUAUAUUGGAUUGUACCAUUUUUCCUCAGCAUUUUUUACCCUUUCCUCUUCCAAGCAACAGCAACAACAACAGAAAUCCAUAUAUUAGCCGUAUCAAAUGUUGCAACAUCUCAACGCCCAUCAUCCAAUCUUCCAACAACAACAACAACAACAACCAAAAAGUAA